UUUGUUUUUUUCAAAAAAGAAGAAUAAUCUUGCUUUUAAGUUAAAAAAGUGCAUAACUCAAUAAAUUAAUAACUACAACUAUAAACGGAAAAUAUUUAUUUUAAAAUUAGUAAAAAUCUAAAAUCUACACUUCAAUUUUCUUCUUCGCUGGGAAUAAAGUUGAGUGUAGUUUUUUCUUUUGUUUAAAAUCUUUUUACUAAAAAGUGGCACAAAUCGGGUUGGACGUAGCUCCUAGAGCAUUAAUGGCUCAACCUAGGUAUGACGAUGGCCUGCACGGCUAUGGUAUGGAUUCGGGUGCUGCAGCAGCUGCCAUGUAUGAUCCACAUGUUGGUCAUCGGCCGCCUGGAUUACAAGGCCUACCAUCACAUCAUUCACCACACAUGACACAUGCUGCUGCAGCAGCGGCCACAGUUGGAAUGCAUGGCUACCAUACAGCUGGCGCUGGUGGCCAUGGUACCCCUAGUCAUGUAUCACCGGUUGCUAAUCAUUUAAUGGGUGCAAUACCCGAAGUACAUAAACGUGAUAAGGAUGCUAUAUAUGAACAUCCCCUAUUCCCGCUGUUGGCUCUGAUAUUUGAAAAAUGUGAAUUGGCCACAUGUACGCCCAGAGAACCUGGUGUGCAAGGUGGUGAUGUAUGUUCGUCAGAAUCAUUUAAUGAAGAUAUUGCAAUGUUUAGUAAACAGAUCAGAUCACAAAAACCCUACUACACAGCAGAUCCCGAAGUCGAUUCACUGAUGGUGCAAGCAAUACAAGUACUUCGGUUUCACCUUUUAGAAUUAGAAAAAGUACAUGAAUUAUGCGAUAAUUUCUGUCAUCGAUAUAUAUCAUGUCUAAAGGGUAAAAUGCCAAUAGAUUUAGUAAUUGACGAACGGGACACCACCAAACCACCAGAAUUGGGUUCAGCUAAUGGUGAAGGAAGAAGUAAUGCCGAUUCAACAUCACACACCGAUGGAGCUAGUACACCAGACGUUCGGCCACCUAGUUCAUCAUUAUCAUAUGGAGGAGCCAUGAACGAUGAUGCUAGAUCGCCGGGCGCUGGUAGUACACCUGGUCCUUUAUCUCAACAACCACCUGUCCUAGAUACAUCAGACCCUGAUGGUAAGUUCUUAUCAUCACUAAAUCCUACAGAACUAACAUAUGAUGGUCGAUGGUGUCGAAGAGAAUGGUCAUCACCUGCCGAUACUAGAAAUGCCGAUGCCUCAAGACGAUUAUAUUCCUCAGUCUUCCUGGGUAGUCCCGACAAUUACGGCACAAGUGCAAGUGGCGAUGCCAGCAACGCUAGUAUAGGUAGCGGCGAGGGCACCGGCGAAGAGGAUGACGAUGCGAAUGGCAAAAAGAACCAAAAGAAACGUGGCAUUUUCCCAAAAGUAGCAACAAAUAUUUUAAGAGCGUGGCUAUUUCAGCAUUUAACACAUCCCUACCCCUCCGAAGAUCAGAAAAAACAAUUGGCACAAGAUACCGGCCUUACGAUACUGCAAGUAAACAAUUGGUUCAUUAAUGCGAGACGAAGAAUUGUACAGCCAAUGAUUGAUCAAUCAAAUCGUGCAGUCUACACCCCCCAUGCUGGUCCCUCCGGCUAUGGUCAUGAUCCCAUGGGCUAUAUGAUGGACAGUCAAGCCCAUAUGAUGCAUCGUCCUCCAGGUGAUCCUGGUUUCCAUCAAGCAUAUCCUCAUUAUCCCCACGCUGCUGAAUACUAUGGACAACAUUUGUAAUCAAGUUUAGCAAUAAAAUCUCAUUAAAAAAAAAGAUAAACAAAAAUACAACCGCAAAUAAAAAACCAACAACUAAUACAAAAGAAAAAGUUGGAAUGAUAGAAAAAAUCUUCUGUAUAUUUAUAUAGCAAGAGCGAGAGAAAAAAGGGAGACCAAAACCAAAAUCUUAGAACAAAUAUAUAAGUCCUAAAUAAAACAACACAACAGCAGCAGUAGUAACAACAAUUUACAAAAUAGCAACUAAGCAACAGCACUAGGGCAAAGGAUACAAAAUUUAUAUUGCUGUUUUUCUAUUUAUUUUCUAAUUUAUCAAGAAAACGUCAAAUACCGGAUAUACGUAAAAAAUUUUAAACUUUUUAAAAAGCUUUAAACAUAAAUCCCCCACAAAACAAACAUCAAUAAAGAAUUUAUUUCAAAAUUUAAAAGCGGUUAAAGGCUUUCAAAAUUAUGGCAAAUAAAGAACUUCUUCAAUCACCUAGUGUUUUAUGGAAAUUUCUUUAUAACAAAAUUUACUAAAAAUUCUAUAAAAAUCUUUUUUUAAGAGAUUUUUCGCAACUCCAACUGUUUUUUUAAAUUUAUGUUGAAUUUAACUUUAAAAACUACAACACAGCGAAUUUAAUUUUUGAAAAAACUACACUUUUUUGUUAUUACUAAUUAAAGGAAAUUCUGUAAUUACCUAUAAAUGUUUAAACUUUAAUUUAAUAUUAAACUAAACAAAAAGAAGAAAUGAUCUCCUUAUUUAAAAGCCCCAGAGCUGAACAUUAAUUGCAAAGAGAAGCCGACAAAAAAAAAUUGAUAAGAAAUAUGUUGCAAAAAAAGAAAGGAAAUAAAUAUAUAAAUAAUUAAAACAAAUUCCGAAUAUAAAAUUUGAAUUCAAAUCUACUUAAAAAAAAAACAAACAAAGAA